AUGGGUACUUGGAGGAGCACGGGAGUAUAUCAAGAUGGUAUACAUGUGAAGGAUCAUGGGGAGUAUACUCACGGAAACUGUUCGUUCGUUUAUGGAACGGGUUUGAGUUCGGUAAGGUACAUUUGGUUGUCGACCGAGUUUCCUGGGUUCAUCACUCGUACGGACGUACGGAGCAAUGGAGCUUACAACAAAGCUAUCACCCGCUUCAACCUAUAUCUUACGGUAGGCCCUGCCCGAUCAACCAGAUCAGGAAUUGGACGGAACACAUUGUCAACUCCUCAUGGAGAAAUCAAUACCGAAAACCGAUUGCUAGCUGCCCGCUCGUUCGUGAACGAUUAA